CGAUUUACAUUUAAAAUGUAAGAACAAUUAUACACCGAUUAAGAUUUCGAGCCAAAUCAAAAAGAAAAUUGUAAAGAUGUUUGGAGGGAAUAAUCCGCCAACUGGAACAACUUCAUUUUCAUCAACUACAAAACCAUCUGGUUUUUCAUUUGGAUCCCCUGCAGUCAGUAGUACACCAGGUGGAGCUGGAGGAGGGUUUAGUUUUGGAGGUGCACCACAGUCUACUCCCUCCUCAGGAACACCAGGAUUUGGUUUUGGAGGAACCACAGCACCAACCCCUACAUCUGUUCCACCACCCGGAUAUUCAUUUGGUGGUGCUACCCAAGCUACAGCUGGUUUUUCAGCAGGAGGUACAACUACCCAACCAGCAGCUGGGUUUUCAUUAGGUGGUGCAACUACCCAACCAGCAGCUGGUUUUUCACUUGGUGGUGCAACCACCCAACCAACAGCUGGGUUUUCAUUAGGUGGUGCUACUAGCCAACCAUCAGCUGGUUUUUCACUUGGUGGUGCAACUACCCAACCAGCAGCUGGGUUUUCAUUAAGUGGUGCAGCUAACCAACCAGCAGCUGGUGGUUUCUCAUUAGGUGGAAUAACUACACAAACUUCAGCACCAGGGUUUUCAGCUGCAGGUUCAACAGUAACACAUCCAUCAGCAACAAAUACAGCACAGCCAGCUGGUGGUUUAAACUUGACCAGACCAACAGGACAGGCCACAGCACAACCAACAGGUGGUUUUAAUUUGUCAUCACAGCCAACAGUUGGUCUUGGUGGUCUUACAAGACCUGUGCAGCCAUCAGCAGUACAGCCAACAUCUACAUCAGCUCCAGGUUUAUUUGGAGGAGGAUUAAAAUUAGGAACAGCACCAGCCUCUGCAACAACAUCUAGUACACAACCAGCUAACUUGGGUGUAGCCGCAGGAUUCUCCCUUAGUGGGGCUACUACUUCAGCUGCUCCAUCAUUGGGUGGGGUUGAAAAAGCAAAGACAGCUACAGUUGGAUUUUCACUCCCUACAACAGUUGCUGCUAGCUCUGGUACAGCUGCAGUUCCACAGAAACAGAUGAAUUAUCAGCAACUAGAAGAAAAUAUAAACAAAUGGAUGCAAGAUCUUGAAAAACAGGAAAAAGAAUUUUUAGAACAAGCAACUCAUGUAAAUGCCUGGGACAGAUUACUGGUUGAGAAUGGUGAAAAGAUUACCUGUUUGAAUAGUGAUAUGGAGAGAGUGAAGGUAGAACAACAAAAGCUAGACCAUGAGUUAGAUUUUAUAAAAUCACAACAGAGAGAACUAGAGGAGAUGUUAAAUCCUUUAGAGAAAUCUGUCGAGGAACAACCUAAUAUUAGCUUCCAACAACAUGCAGACUUGGAGAGGGAAAACACUUACCAGUUAGCAGAGAAUGUUGAUGCUCAGUUAAAGAGAAUGUUACAAGAUCUGAAAGAGAUUAUUGACCAUCUGAACACGUCCAAUGCUAGUCAAGAUAAUACUGAUCCUAUAUUCCAGAUAACACAGAUAUUAAAUUCACAUAUGGAUUCAUUACAAUGGAUAGAUCAAAAUUCAGCUGUAUUGAAGAGACAUGUUGAAGACAUAUCCAAACAGAUGGAAUCACAAAGAAAACAAGAAGAAAAGAACUUCCGUCUUGUGUAUCAAUGAACAAAGACACAUAUAUAUUACUGUUGUAAAUCUGUGUUACCGUUUGUACAGUUUACAGCGUCACAGGAUAAGAACCUUAAAUACUUGUUGUACAGCAAUAAUUAUAGAUGAUCACAUGUUUACUUAACAUCUAUGAUGCAGGUGCUUUAUCUAAAGAAAAGUAUUUACUUAGUAUGAUUGACAUACACCAGUAAGUUCAUAUAUGUAAAUUUUUGUACAAUCAUUGUAACGUCGUGUACAUAUAUUUUGUACAAUCAUUGUAACAUUGUGUACAUAUAUUUUGUACAAUAAAAAUAAUAAAACUUGA